AUGUCCAACACAACUACCGCGGAAGAACCAAAAAAGACAGCAAAACGCGAUGUGUUACGUGCAACCGAGCACCAAAUCCAAAAAAUAUGGCAAGACGCCAAAGUGUUCGAGGUGAAUGCACCAACCAUAGACGAGGUUUCGUUUGAACAAGAGACCUCUGGCGAAAUCAAGUUACAUGAACGGUACCCCAAGUAUAUGGGCACUUUUCCUUAUCCGUAUAUGAAUGGCAGAUUGCAUUUAGGUCAUUUCUUCACAAUUACUAAAGUGGAGUUUGCUAUUGGAUAUGAACGAAUGAAAGGAAAACGGGCAUUGUUUCCUUUGGGUUUUCAUUGUACUGGUAUGCCGAUAAAGGCAUGUGCAGAUAGACUAGCACGAGAAAUAGAAAAAUUCGGUCCAAAUUUUGAAAUACCGAACGAAAUAGAAGAUGAUGUUAACAAUCUAACACUGAAUGAUACCAAUUCCUCUAGUACCUCUGGAAAAGUCGUAAAUAAAAAAGGAAAAGUCGCGGCAAAAUCUACCGGGCAGAAAUAUCAGUUUCAGAUUAUGCGCAGUUCCGGAGUACCUGAGAAAGAAAUUGCUAAUUUUGCUGAUGCAAACUAUUGGUUAUCGUAUUUUCCGCCGUUGGCUAUUCAAGACUGUAAAUCCAUAGGAGCAAAAAUUGAUUGGCGUCGUUCAUUCAUCACUACCGACGUCAAUCCAUACUACGACUCAUUUGUGUGUUGGCAAAUGCGAAAACUGAAAUCACUAAAUAAAAUAAAGUUCGGUGAACGAUACACGAUUUAUUCACCGUUGGAUGGACAGCCAUGUAUGGAUCACGAUCGACAAAGUGGAGAAGGUGUCGGGCCACAAGAGUAUACAGGGAUUAAGUUGAAGGUUAUUGAGUGGAGCGAGAAGGCAAAAAGUGCAGUUGUUUCACUUGAGCAUUUGUUUAGUGGAAAAUCUAUUUUUCUUGUGGCUGCUACUCUUCGACCUGAAACGAUGUUUGGUCAAACAAAUUGUUUUGUUGGUACAGAGAUUACAUAUGGCCUUUUCAAAAUCAAUGAAACUGACAUAUUUCUGUGCACAAAACGAGCAGCAAGGAACAUGGCAUUUCAAGGAUAUUCGAAUGAACGAGGUGUAGUGACUCAAAUAGCAGAAAUAAAAGGUGCUGACUUAAUCGGCACAAAAGUCAAGGCACCGCUAAGUAAAUACGAAGACGUAUAUGUACUCCCAAUGGAAAACGUCCUGCCUACAAAAGGAACCGGUGUAGUAACAUCCGUUCCUUCUGACUCUCCUGACGAUUUUGCCACUUUACAAGAUCUAAAAAAGAAACCCGAAUACUAUAACAUUAAUCCCGCCUGGGCUAAUUUUGAGCCUAUCCCCAUAAUCAACACAUCCACAUACGGGAACUUGGCAGCGCCGACUGUAUGCCAACAAAAGAAAAUCAAUUCACAAAAAGAUCGCGUACAAUUGGCGGAAGCCAAAGAACUUGUCUACAAAGAAGGAUUUUAUAAUGGCACCAUGAUUUACGGGGAUUACAAAGGUCGUACAGUGCAAGAGGCAAAACCGUUAAUUAAAGAUUUGUUGAUAUCAACUGGUCAAGGGUUUGUCUACAAAGAACCGGAGAAUCUAGUGAUGUCUCGAUCAGGGGAUGAAUGUGUGGUGGCGUUAUGUGAUCAGUGGUACUUGGAUUAUGGGGAGGAGGAAUGGCGAAAGCAAGCAGAAGAUUGUUUGGUUAAAAUGAAUACUUAUGGAAACGAGACAAGACAUCAGUUUGAACAGACUUUGGCAUGGUUGAACCAGUGGGCUUGUGCGAGAUCGUACGGUCUCGGUAGUAGACUACCUUGGGAUCCACAAUAUUUGGUGGAAAGUUUAUCGGAUUCUACUAUUUAUAUGGCUUAUUAUACAGUGGCUCAUUUAUUACACGGAGGAACACUCGAUGGAUCAAAGCCAGGGUCUCUUGGCAUCAAACCCUCCGAACUGACAGAUGAAGUAUGGGAAUAUAUAUUCACCGACUCGGCAUCAUAUCCCGCCGAUACCACAAUCUCCAAAGAAAAACUCGACAAAUUAAAACGCGAAUUUAAAUAUUUUUACCCACUGGAUAUUCGAGUAUCCGGAAAAGACCUAAUCCCCAACCAUCUCACCUUUUUCAUUUAUAAUCACGUCGCCCUCUUCCCAGAACACUAUUGGCCAAAAAGUACACGUGCAAAUGGUCAUCUACAAUUAAACCGUGAAAAAAUGAGUAAAAGUACCGGAAAUUUUAUGACUGGUGCGGAUGCUGUCGAAAAGUAUGGUGCAGAUGCUACACGGGUUGCGCUUGCUGAUGCAGGGGAUGCAAUUGAAGAUGCUAAUUUUGAAGAGGCGACUGCUAAUGCGGCUAUUCUUCGUCUUUAUACUUUGAGAGAGUGGUGUGAGAGCCAAGUAGAGAAUAAAGAUACUUUACGAACAGGUCCUGUUACCAGUUUCCAUGAUCGAGUAUUUAUUAAUGAGAUUAACAGAUUAAUACAAAUAACAGAUAAAGCGUAUGAAGAUACUUUAUAUCGCGAAGCACUCAAAUACGGUUGCUAUGAGCUACAAUCAGCACGUGACUGGUAUCGAGAAGCCACAGCGAAAGAAGGAAUGCAUCGUGACUUGGUGUUGUGGUGGAUAGAAGUUCAGGCGUUGUUGUUAGCUCCCAUUGCGCCUCAUUGGUCAGAACAUAUAUGGCAGAAUCUUUUGAAAAAGGAUGGUCUAAUCGUCAAUGCACAAUUCACAAAAGAGACUGCACCUCCAGACGAAAGUCUCCUCAAAGCCGCCGAAUACGUACGAAAAAUGAUCAAAUCCGUACGAGAUCUUGAGAAUGCAACACAACGAAAGAAAAAAAAGGGGAAGGUUGAAGCAUUCAACCCUUCAAAACCGAAGCAUUUGAACUUAUUUGUAGCUACUCGGUUUCCCGAGUGGCAGGAUGUGACGGUCGAUGUAUUGAGACAGAGUUAUAAUGAGGAAACAAAUACAUUCGACGAUACAAAAAUCCGCACAAUUUUAGCCGAAAAAGAGCUUUUGAAAAACAAAAAAACAAUGCCAUUCGUACAAGAAUUCAAGAAACGCGUCGAGAAAUAUGGCGCUUCUGUGGCAUUUGAUCGUGCUCUGUUGUUUAACGAGUACGACACUCUCAUCACUACACGCGAAUUCUUUAAACGUAGUUUGGGGUAUGAGAAGUUGGAUGUCUAUAGGUCGGAGGAAGUUGUUGGUGUUAAUCCUGGUCUUCUUGUUGAAGAUCAGAACGCAGCUGAGGUUGCUGUUCCUGGUGAACCGGGGGUUGUGUUUAGGAACAUUUAG